AUGACUUACUUUCAAGGAUUAUUUGAAAAACACUGCCAAACGGUAGGCGCUCCCACUCAGCUUUCGUUCUUUACCACAACCUUCUCUCUCCUUUUCAUGAUCCUAAAUGUCCCUGGUAACGUCUUAGUGAUCCUAGCUGUAGCUAAAGAUCCCUACAAGAAACUACGUACCCCUUUUAACUACCUGAUGGCAAAUCUUGCACUUGCGGAUUUGAUCGUGGGGACAGUGACUGAUCCUAUGUCCAUAUACAUCCAUUGGAAAGAAGGCAUCAAUGCUAAGCUGUUAAAAAGUGAGUAUCAGAUCCUCCAUAUGUCUUACUUCAUAUCCUGUACAGCUUCAGUUCUCAGCUUGGCGACUUUGGCCGUGGAGAGAUACUUGGCUAUCAGAAAUCCACACACCUAUAGGAACAGGUAG